AUGAGAGGAUCAAGAACAGCUUCUUCAGACAUAAGUGCUUGGUGUUCUGCUGUUGUGUUGUUGUCUUUAAUACUUUUGUUAUCUGUUCGUGAGAACAAUGCUUCUGAUUCGAUCAGAGGUUCUCAAUUCUCAGAUCAGAAACGACCGUGUGAGGAGAUUUACGUCGUCGGAGAAGGAGAAACACUUCACACCAUCGGAGAUAGAUGCGGCGAUCCGUUUGUAGUGGAGCGAAACCCACAUAUCCAUGACCCGGAUGAUGUCUUUCCGGGUCUUGUUCUCAAGAUCGUACCUUAUUACAAAUUGUAA